CAUCACUAUCACCACCACCACCACCAACAAUUGGCCAUCGCGGUCGUUCAGCACGCUCCCUCCUUCUCGAAAAGUCAAUCCAUCAGGGGGAACCCAUUUCCGUGCGACAAUACCCCCCACCAGCCAUGCUCUGCUCCUCCUGUCGCCGUGCCGCCGCCGCGCUGGCACAACCGCGCGGCGCCCUGCGAGCCUUCUCAAAAACCUCCUCUCACACAUUCGCCUCUAUGGCGACGAUAAUGGCAAUAGCGUCUCGGCGCACUACCACCCCCCUCCUAGUCGCCGCCGUCACCACCAUCACCACCACCACCACCAGAGCAGCUUCGACACCACGCCCCUACAGCUCCUCGUCCUCCAGCACCACAGCGAAACCGUCAUCCCGCCCGCCGCCCGCCGAAGACCCCCUCCCCGCCAUGACCCCCGCCGAGGCCUCCAUCGCCGCCGUUCUCUCCGCCGCGCUCGACCCCACGUUCGUGCUCGUCCAGGACGUGUCCGGCGGCUGCGGCAGCAUGUACGCCAUACAGGUCGCCUCGCGCGCCUUUAGGGGCCAGACGCUGCUCCGCCAGCAGCGCAUGGUCAACGCCGCGCUGGGGGACCGCGUCAGGGAGUGGCAUGGCGUGCAGAUUCGCACUGUCGUGCCUGACGAGGAUGAAUAGCACAUGAGCACGAGGGCGGGGAAGACCAGGACGAUCGCGAGCACGAGCAGAUAGGGACGUGUAGGAUGAGGGGGGGGCAGACGAAUAGACGACGAGUGCGAGAAGACUAGGACGAGCAGACAAGUACGUGUAGGAUGAGGGGCAGGAAGGGGAGGGAGAAUGAGUGGCGCUCGUUCCAGAGGUGCUCGGGAUGUGCGGGACGGCUUCACGACCAAGAAUAGGCACCACUGGCCAAAGCGACUGCUCCAACCGCCAUCAUCCCUCUCCCUGCGUCGUCGUCUGGAUUCACAGGCAAGACACACACGCACACACAUGUACAUCACUUGUAAACUAAACCCGCACAUGCAUAUCGCGGCGGGCAAAAUCUAAACCAAUCGAGACAUUGC